AUAUCAGCCUUUUAUCGCCCACUGCUGAGCAUAGGCCUCUCUUCUAGUACGCCACUUAUCCCGGUCCCGAGCCAGUCUCAUCCAGAAGUGACCCGCAGUCUUCCGAAUGUCGUCCACCCAACGAGCCAACGGACGCCAGGCACUCCUUUCGUCUGAAAGCGGCCACCAUUCCGUUAGCGUUAGCGUUAGUUUUAGAUAAAAGAGGAUAUCCGUUUCCUUUGAAAUGAGCACAUAUUGCUAAAAAUAUCUCCUUACGGGAAAACCAUUUGUUUAUCCUGUAGUGACAUACACCACGGUGGUUGUGUUCAACGUGGUCAUUUAAUUUAUUGAUCAGUUCUUAAAUAAUUCCUAAAUAUGUAUACCCGGUACCUUUUCAUCGUGGCUUUUGCUAUCUCGGCCACAACUACAGUCUCCGACGAUUCCCUUUCGACAACUUUAGAAGGAAAUAAACUGAGCAUGCCAACCGAUGAUUUAUGUACAAAAGCAGGAUUUGUCAGAAGCCCCAACGUGGCAACAAAACAAGCUGCUGCAGAAGCCACGAAACAAGCUUCAGCCGGUAGUAAAGAUGAACCUCGGAUGUCCGUCACAGCCAUCAUCCUGACGGUCCUUGGCAUCAUGGUCGCGAUCCUUGGCGCGGGCUUAUUUGCCCUAUAUUUGCAUAAUAAACCCAAAGUUAACUGAAUAAUAAAUUCGUAAUUUGAUAAU